AUGACAAAAAGAAUCAAGACAACAUUAGAAGAAUUGCACAACAAGUACACUCUGAAUUCAGGAAGCCCAAGGAUCAGGGUUGGAGAGAAUGUGUACUUUGAAGAGAAUGGCUGCAUCUUUCUUUCAAAAGCAGAUGCUGGUAAGGCAAAUGUUGACAUUUUAUUCAGUACUGAAGAUCUUGGCUUUUCUGAUGCCUUUAUUGAACGGAUCAGAAUUUCUCCAGAUCAGAGAUAUAUGGCCAUCAGCUUAAAAAGUGAAAAUUCUGAAGAGACAACCUGCGUUAUUAUGAAACUUGGUGAUUUUCCUGUGGUGAAAGAAGUAAUUUCAAAUGUAUUUAAUUUUGAAUGGGCUACAAAUGAUGUUCUGUAUUACACAAGUCAGAAGAAUCUUAAAUGCCAGAAUGUGUUUAUGACCACUUUCACUAAUCAGAAACAUACUAAGUUAGUUUAUACAGAACAAGAUGCAAGAUUCUUUGUGGACAUAUGUUGCACAAAAGACAGACGUUUUCUCACUAUCAACAGCAACAGCAAGACAACAUCAGAAGUGUGGCUGGUUGACUGUAGACAUCCUUUUAAGUUACCCACUCUUGUGCAACCAAGAACAAAAGGGGUCAUUUAUCACGUUGAGCACAGAAAUGAUGAGUUAUAUAUUCUUACUACGUAUGGAGAGCCUGCAGAAUAUAAGUUGAUGAAGGCACCAGUAGCUUCCAGUGGCAUAGAGAACUGGCAGUUAUUUUAUGCACUGGAAGAGAAAACCAAGUUAGUAGACUUGGAGAUGUUCAGUGAUCACUGUAUUAUGUUCCUGAAGAAUGCUGGUCAGCUUUACUUAAAUGUGAUUUCUUUUGUUUCACACUCAGUUCAGUCAAUAAAGCUACCUACGUGGGCCUGUGAAUUUGAAUUGGAAUCUCAUCCUGAACCUACCACCGGCACUUGCUAUUUUCAGCUCACCUCCCCAGUACACCCCCCUAAGCGUUUUGCAUAUUCAUUUAAAGAAAAUAAUCUCAUUGAACAAGCUGUGCAAGAGGUACCAAUUAUUACGAAUUGUCACACUACACGUUUACUAGCUAAAAGCAAGGAUGAAACUUUGGUGCCAAUUACAGUUUUUCAUAAUACGAAUUCUAAAGAGCUACACAGGAAACCACUUCUAGUUCAUGUAUAUGGAGCUUAUGGCAUAGAUUUGAACAUGAGCUUCAGAGAAGAGAAGCUGCUGCUAAUUGAAGAGGGUUGGAUAUUAGCAUAUUGCCAUGUUAGGGGUGGAGGAGAGCUAGGCCUUCGCUGGCACAGAGAUGGAUGUCAGCAUAAUAAACUCAAAGGUCUCCAUGACCUUAGGGCUUGCAUCUCACUGCUGCACGAACUAGGAUUUUCUCAGCCAAAACACACAGCACUGGCAGCUGCCAGUGCAGGAGGAGUUCUUGCAGGAGCCCUGUGCAACACUGACCCAGAACUUAUCAGAGCCAUGGUUUUGCAGGCUCCUUUUGUAGAUGUUCUAAAUACAAUGAUGCAAACUCAUCUCCCACUGACAAUUGAAGAACAGGAAGAAUGGGGAAAUCCAUUAGCAGAUGAAAAAUGUCUGAAGUAUAUCAAAAGCUACUGUCCAUACCAGAAUAUUAAGACCCAGUGUUAUCCUUCGGUUUUUAUCACGGCGUAUGAAAACGAUCAGCGGAUACCGCUAACAGGAGUUUUGCGGUAUGUUCAGAAACUUAGGAAGGCUGCACUGGAUCAUGCCAGCAGAACUAGUCAGAAAGGAAAUUGGAUCCCUAAUAUCAUCUUGGACAUCCAGGCAACUGGCAGUCAUUGUGAUUCAUCUUGGGAGGAUUCACUCAAUGAGGUUGCAAGACACCUUGCUUUUCUGAACAAAGAGCUCGAGGAGGCAUGCCAUCUCCAACAUCAUAACAAAUCCUACAAAUAG